UUAUGUUGCUCAUAAAAAGAAAAACAAAGGGGAGAUAAAAGAAUAUAGAUUUUUCACACCACAAUUAUACUGAGAGGGGGGGGGGGUAAAUUUAAAUAUGAUUAUGAGUGUAAAAACUCAUAAAACAACAUUCAUGAUAAAUCAAACGUAGUAUUUACUAUUUUAUAAAAUCAAAUUGUUUAUUAAAUUGUAGUAAUAAUAGUUUACCAGUUUGAUCUCUAAAGUAUAAGCUGCGAUUUCUUUCUAUAUUGUAAAGGAAUCAAAUAGUUUUUUGUUUUUAACUAGGUUUUUAGUUCAUCUCUUGAUAUUCUAUAUAUUGUGGUCCCAUAAAAGGUGUCGAUUAAUUCACACAACGAUUAUAAAACAGAAGUGACGUUACACCAGAGUCGCCAAUCACAUUUACUCUCAUUUUUAUAAUAAUUUCUCCAUCUUCUUCCUUCCUCUUCUACCUUAUAGAACCUUCACAGAUCAUAAACUCUAUAUCUCUGCAACAAUCUAUAGCUUCUUGUUGAUUCAUUACAUAUAGAAAUGGGAAGACAUUCUUGUUGUUAUAAGCAAAAGCUUAGAAAAGGCCUUUGGUCUCCUGAAGAAGAUGAAAAACUUCUCAAUUACAUAAGUAGACAUGGUCAUGGCUGUUGGAGUUCUGUCCCCAAGCUCGCAGGUUUGCAGAGAUGUGGAAAGAGUUGUAGACUUAGGUGGAUAAACUAUUUGAGACCAGACUUAAAAAGGGGAGCUUUCUCUCAAGACGAAGAAUGCUUGAUCAUUGAGCUCCACGCUGCGUUAGGCAACAGAUGGUCUCAGAUCGCAACUAGGUUACCAGGAAGAACAGACAACGAGAUCAAAAACUUUUGGAACUCAUGUCUUAAGAAGAAGCUGAGAAGAAAAGGCAUCGACCCAACUACACACAAACCCUUAAUAAGCGAUCUUCAAACUCUUAACGUCAUAAAUCAGAAGCUGACGUCAUCCGAAGUACUAAAGUCAACGGGUUUGUUAAACAAUCCACAUGAUCAGUCAAUGAUCGUCUCAUCGCAACCAGGUUCAUGGUGGUUCCCGAAUCAAAACGCUGCGUUUUGCUUAAGUUCAAAUACGGUUUCAGACCAGAUCGUAUCUUUAAUCUCUUCAAUGUCCACGUCAUCAUCUACGACACCAAUUACUUCAUUAAACCCUGUUCCUGAACUCAAUUACUGCAACAACACAGUUCCAUCUCCCACCAACAGUAUCUACAGUGCUUUCUUUGGUAAUAAUUACACAGAAGCUAGCCAAAUCAACAAUAAUAAUAAUAAUCAUGUAGUGAAUCAUCCUCAUGAUCAAGACAUGAAGUCAUGGGCAUCGGAGAUACUUCAUUACAACCAAAGCUCAGAAACUGGUUUAGAAGCAGAGGUGAAGCCAGAUAUUGCCAAGUACUAUUGGAGAUCAGCAUCAGCAUCGUCAUCACCAAACGAAAACGCUGAGGCAUUACUACAUGAUGCUGACAUUGAGUGGUAUGCUAAAAAUCUUCAAAAAGUUCAUAACAUGGCGUUUGAUCAGAGCCUUUAGAGUUAUAUUAUAUGCUAGAGAAAUAUCCUAAUCAGUACUUCAUUUUCUAUCUAUAUUCACGGACCGGAGUUUAUUUGAUUGAUACAUAUAUAAUAUAUGUUCGUCAUGUAUGUAAGUAUAUAUAUGUUUUUUGGUUGUGUAAAUUUUCGCGAUCGUGUGUAUAUAUAUUUUUGGUGCUAAGAUGUAACUCGUUUUUCUUCUUUUUACUUGUCAUGACUUUGAUCUUAAUAGAGUUUCAAAUUAUUUUUAUUUACCA